AUCGGCCAUACUGGCCCUGUAUUUGCUUGGUUACGGAUCGACAGUAUCGUCACAGCGGCGGCAGCAGCGGAUGAUUUCCGGGAUAUUUACGGAAGAGGCUCCGUUAGUGCAGCUACUUCCGCCUUUAGCCGCCUCUCCUGACACUGAGAAAUGACAGCAACGUUGCGCCCGUAUCUCAACGCUGUGCGUGCCACACUGCAGGCCGCCCUGUGCCUGGAGAAUUUCUCCUCACAAGUGGUGGAGAGACACAACAAGCCAGAGGUGGAAGUGAGGAGCAGUAAAGAGUUGCUCCUCCAGCCUGUAAUCAUCAGCCGUAAUGACAAAGAGAAGGUUCUGAUCGAAGGCUCCAUCAACUCUGUCAGAGUCAGCAUCGCUGUCAAGCAGGCCGAUGAGAUUGAGAAGAUUCUGUGCCAUAAGUUCAUGCGCUUCAUGAUGAUGAGAGCGGAGAACUUCUUCAUCCUAAGGAGGAAACCAGUGGAGGGCUAUGACAUCAGCUUUCUCAUCACCAAUUUCCACACAGAACAGAUGUACAAGCAUAAACUAGUGGACUUUGUCAUUCAUUUCAUGGAGGAAAUUGACAAGGAGAUCAGUGAAAUGAAGCUGUCUGUCAACGCCAGGGCUCGUAUCGUCGCUGAGGAGUUCCUCAAAAAUUUCUGAGAACGAGGAAACUCGGAAAAAUGCAUUCCUUUUGCAAUCUUGGCCAUCACUGUGGAGCGUUCACAUCAGAGGAGACAAACUAUGAUCAGCCAAUAAAAGCUGAGCUACAUAAGACGUGCAGUAAUGAUGUACAGGCCAAUGAGCUUUUAGCCUUUAAACUUAAAUUCCUUCUGUGCUCAGAAAUGUUGAUGGUUGUACAUAAUGAACAUUUAUGCGCGAAACAUUCAUUUCUGCCUUGAACAUAACGAGUCAGGGCAGGUCCUUAAAAAGAUUUAUCAAUAUUCAUGAGCACAGGCUAAUAUGGAUCUUUUUUUCAGAUAAUUUAAUUUUUUUUUUAAAUAUAUAGACAAUAUAUAUACUAUAUGCAUAUUAAUUUCCUUUUACUGUUUUGUUACAACAGACUUCAACCCAUGAAUGCAAUCAAUUAGAUAAUGAUUCUUGCUUUAGUUCACAAGUACACAGACGAGUCUGUCGUCGAUGAAACAUGAAUACAUUUGCUGGCAAUGAAGACGAAUAAAAAACCCCAAUAUGCUUUGUA